CCCGCACCCCUGUCCCUGCAGCGAGCCGAGCUCCGGGAGCGCGUCGGAUCCGCCCAGCCUGGCCGAGCGCAGGAUGCGCGGACCCGGGCGCCCCCUCCUCCUGGGGCUGCUGCUCGUGCUGGGGGCGGCGGGGCCCGGCCGGGGGCUCGCGGAGACCCGGGAGGCGGCAGACAGGCAGACGCUGCUGCAGCUCAUCGUGGAGAUCGUCCAGGAGCUCAGGAAGUACCACUCGGGAGAGUCCAAGAGGCUGCAGCUCUCGGGCCGGCAGGACUACACCCUGGGCCGCAGGGCGGUCUCGGACUACGGGGCUUACCCGGAGGAGCAGAGAGUGGAAAUUGUUCCUCGAGAUCUAAGGAUGAAAGACAAGUUUCUGAAACAUCUUACAGGUCCUCUUUAUUUCAGCCCAAAGUGCAGCAAACACUUCCACAGACUUUACCACAACACCCGAGACUGCACCAUCCCCGCCUACUAUAAGAGAUGCGCCCGGCUUCUUACUCGGCUGGCUGUCAGUCCGAUGUGCAUGGAGGGAUAAGUGAGCACAGCACCGUGCAGGAGCAGCGGCCCAGGAGCCACGAGAAGUGCCUUGGAGACCAAAGGACAGAACCCACUGCCUUCCGGACACACCCCGUGAACAGAGCUUUAUUUUUGCAGACAGACUCUUCCAUAAUUCCUUUACCUUGAGUUUUGUAUGCUGACACCGUCUGCGGACACAGAGUCAGUACAUGGGUGUGCCCGACAGUGACGCUUGCCACUGGUCGUUUUAGAACACCGGAGAAUGCUCCACAUUUGAUGUGUCAUGCUGUGAAAUGGCAGAGAGAUAUCUCAUUUUCCUGAUUAGGUGACAUCACAAAUAUUUCUUUAGAAGCAUAAGCAGAA